AUGAUCUAUCUACACAUCAAUGCUGCUCGAAGCUCUCGAACUAAGUCUUGCACUCAGCCUAGUUGUUGUGCGGGAUUCGCGACGGACGCAACACUCUCACCAGCACCACUAGGACUAUCAUUGGCUUAUCGCCAAGCAUGCCAGCUGCGCUUGCCCAAAGGCCGAUACGUGGCUGCAGGAGAAUGUCUGGGAGUAUUGAAAAGGCUCCGCAGACGUGCGUUUCCUGUCGCAAACAGCCUGUGUCUUCGAACGGCACGACUAUGCGACUAUUCCGCCCCACCGCCAUCUCCGAAUGAUUCGACCCUUGUUGAGCUGCUGGACAAGAUCGCACACCUGGAAGAACGACUUAGCUCCGCAGAGAACUUUAGCAACAGUUCGAGCUGCGCAAGCAGCCCAGCUUUGCUUGAGCUACAAGCUUCUAAUUGGCGUGGUACCAGUACUUUCAGUGCUGGCAGCAGGAGCAGCGAUCACGGACAAAGCAGUACUUCGUCACCUAUGACCUACAUGGGCCCACCACCGACAGCAUCUGAUGGUACAAGCGGUUGGGCUGAAGGGUUUCCUUAUGUCCACCAGGGUCUGGCACUGCCUUUGCCCAUAGACUUUUGCAUGCCAGCUUUCCCGACAUCCGUUUUACUAGACCCGCGCCUGUCAGAGGCUUACGGACCUUUUGGUUCCAGAACAACGUGUGUUGUGCCAAUGAAUGUCUUGAACAGCCUCGGAGACGGAUCUUCGAUUCAAUCGACCAUUACGCAAUACUUUGACACGGUAAACUCGUGGCUGCCGAUGGUGUCGAAACGCUACCUCCACGGCGGUUACUGGUGUCGCGAGUCAGACGCGUCGUUCCUCUUGCUCUCGAUGCAGCUCAUCACCAGCAGCAGAGCUGAGAUCGAGUUGGACGGGUCCUCGGAGGUUGCCAGGUUCUACACACAAGCCAGGGCAGCGAAUUCGACGAUUUAUGGCACGGCUAGGCAUUUUGCCAGUCAACUUGAGCACGAUGGCGUGGUGUCAAUCAGGUACCUGCAGGGUCUGGUUCUUCUGGCCUUGUAUGAGUACGGCCAUGGCAUUAUGCCGGCUGCUUGGAUCACCAUAGGUCGGUGUGUACGAUACGCGGACCUGCUCAGGCUCAACCCGGGAGGGAACAAGGUUGGAAUCCUCGGUGCCAGUAGUACCUGGACGGAAGCUGAAGAAAGGCGGCGAACGUGGUGGGCAGUCUAUAUUGUCGAGAAGAUGAUUGGAGUUGCCUUUGAUGGCACACUCACUUGUCGAGGUGGUGUCUGCAGCGAGCCCACACCCAGGACUCCAUUCCCCUGCGAGGACUUGCUGUGGGAGUCUGGAGAGAUGGUUCCCAGCUCAGAAGCUCGCCUUGCCUUGGCACCAUAUUCGGACCCGCAAUCACCAUUUGCACGCUUGUGCCAGGCUGCGAUGCUCGCCUCAAGGGUCUUACGACAGACAUGUCACGAACGAGAACCCGAGUGGAAAAACGACGAUGACGCCGAAAGUGGCGUGGCGCAACUCAUGGUAACUAUACAGGAGCUGGACGAUGCCCUCGCAGCCGAGUCAGCCACGAGCCGCCUUGGGUUUCUAGGUCUGACUGCUGCCAAGAUCCUCGUACUCGACAGCAGAUUGUCUCUCCUGAGACUCAGCGAGGAGAAGCAUCACGCCUGUGUCGCCGUCGCCAUCAACAUGGGCAUGAGUUCCAGCGCUGCCGAGGAGCACUUUGUAACCAUCGAUCCCACUCAAGAACUUGAGAAGACUGCAGCACAGUUUACGGACCGUCUUGUUUAUGUCGGAGUCAGCACAUGA